UAACGGCCGAGUGUUUCGUGGCGCGCAAGCGCGGUUUGUUCGUAAUGGAGGGGAAGAUGGAGGAGCAGUCGGAGUCCAAGUCAACCUGUACGUUCCUGUUCAAAAAGUCGAACAAGAAGUUCAGUGCCCGCAAAAGGAAGGCGAGCGACAGCGACAAAGGCAGCAGCAGUAAUGAUGAGGGGAACCAGGUGGUGAGGAAGGAGAAGAAGACCUCAGUGUCGAACCCCAUGAUCCAGAAGACAAAACGGACAGAGAGAGAGAAAGUGUCCUCCAGUGACAGUGAGGAGGAAAAACAGCAGAAAAUCAUGGUGGAGUACAAGUCCACACGGUCGGCGAAACCUGAGGGGCCGGAUGACAUGGGGGCGACCGCCAUAUACCAGCUGGACACGGAGAGGGACAAAGAUGCUCAAGCCAUCUUUGAGCGGAGUCAAAAGAUCCAGGAGGAACUGUCAGGAAAGGACGAUGAUAAACUUUACCGUGGUAUAAAUAACUACCACAAGUACAUCAAGCCGAAGGACUCCACAAUGGGCAAUGCGUCUUCAGGAAUGGUCAGGAAGGGUCCCAUCCGAGCUCCAGAACAUUUGCGGGCUACGGUGCGCUGGGACUACCAGCCUGACAUCUGCAAGGACUACAAGGAGACAGGGUUUUGUGGAUUUGGGGACAGCUGCAAGUUCCUGCACGAUCGCUCUGACUACAAACAUGGCUGGCAGAUAGAGAGAGAGCUGGAAGAAGGGAGGUAUGGGGCCAACGAUGAAGAGAACUAUGAGGUGAGCAGCGAUGAGGAAGACUUGCCUUUCAAGUGCUUCAUUUGCCGGGAUUCCUUCAAGAAUCCCGUCAUUACAAAGUGUCGGCAUUACUUCUGUGAAGCCUGUGCUCUACAGCAUUACCGCAAGUCAAAGCGCUGCUAUGUCUGCAACGCACAGACUAACGGCGUCUUCAACCCGGCCAAAGAGCUGAUGGCUAAGAUUCAGAAACACAAGACCUUGACAGAACAGCCCGCUUCAGAAGAAGAAGAUUAGCACUUCCUUUUCUGAGCUUUUUUUGUUAUCUCCUUUGUUUCUAUGGUGCAUAGAAAUUUGUGUACAGUGUCAAGUC